UGGAAGGGAAGGGCUGGCCCUCGUUUCCGCUUCCGGUUUGGUGGUGUCCCUUCCGGCGGGUGACCCUGGCGAGUCCUUCUGGGGAGCGCGAUGGGGUUGCGGGACGCUGUGGUUCACGCCGGGGAGCCCGAGGAGGAAGAGGAGGAGGAGCUGGUGGAUCCUUUAACCACAGUGCGGGAGCACUGCGAGCAGACGGAGAAAUGUGUCAAGGCACGGGAGCGGCUGGAGCUGUGUGACGCGCGUGUGUCCUCCAGGUCCCAGACAGAAGAGCAGUGCACAGAGGAGCUGUUCGACUUCCUGCACGCCAGGGACCACUGCGUUGCUCACAAACUCUUUAAGAACCUGAAGUGAAGCAGGUGUAAACAGAACAGUUUCCUGGCAGCAGCAGAGUGUCAGCCUGUCACAGCGUUUGUUCUCAUGGAAGAUGUGCAGCUACGCAAAACUCAUGUUGUUGUUCUGUAAUUUUCCAUAUUAAACAGUUGCCAUGGAAAUAC